AUGCCUUCACGUCUCAAUAUCAGCAUCAGCAUCUAUUCUAGGCGGCUGGAGAUGCAGAUGGAUGUGAGCACGGAGGCGUGGACGCUGGAGAAGCAGGACAUCCAGCGAGACCUCGAGCAGAAGACGAAGCUGCUGAAGAAGCACAGAGCGAGCGAGAAGAAGCUGCAGCAGGAGGUCGAGCAGCUGAGAAGCCAGGGCAUCCUGGAGGAUUUUGCGACGGAGGGUACGGACAGGAAGGAUGUGUUCUUCUACCAGGCGGACGACGAACACUACAUCCCUCGCGCCGUGCUGCUCGACCUUGAACCGCGCGUCAUUCACGGCAUCAUGUCGUCGCAGUACGCGGGGCUCUACAACCCCGAGAACGUCUUCAUCUCAGAGCACGGCGGCGGCGCGGGCAACAACUGGGCGUCGGGACAUUCGCAGGGCCAGCGGCUAUCCGAGGACAUCUUUGACAUUAUCGACCGGGAGGCCGAUGGCAGUGACAGCCUCGAGGGAUUCGUUCUGUGCCACUCGAUUGCCGGCGGAACCGGAUCGGGACUCGGGUCAUUCUUGCUGGAGCGGCUGAACGACCGCUUUCCCAAGAAGCUACUGCAGACAUACUCGGUGUUCCCGAACCAGGACGAGAUCAGUGACGUGGUAGUGCAGCCGUACAACUCGUUGCUGACGCUCAAGCGCCUGACGGAGAACGCCGACUGCGUCGUCGUCCUCGACAACACAUCGCUGAACCGCAUCGCAUCCGAGAGGCUGCACCUGCAGAACCCGACCUUCGCACAGGUCAACACACUCGUCUCGACAAUCAUGUCCGCCAGCACCUCAACGCUGCGCUACCCUGGCUAUAUGAACAACAACCUACUUGGCAUGAUCGCCUCUCUCAUCCCGACACCGCGGCUACACUUCAUGACUGGCUACACGCCGCACGACGAGGAAUCGACGAUCAGUGUGCGCAAGACCACCGUGUUGGACGUCAUGCGCCGGCUGCUGCAGCCAAAGAACAUGAUGGUGUCGACAGCGAAGGACCGCAACACCAACCACUGCUAUAUAUCCAUACUCAAUAUUAUACAGCAGAACUAG